AUGAGACAAUCGGAUGUGUCCAAUACUUUUCUGCAUGGCACUCUUACUGGAGAUGUCUACGUGGAACAACCUCCAGGGUUCGUGUAUUUUGAGUUUCCCUCUCAUGUAUGUCACUUAAAUAUGUCUCUUUAUAGUCUAAAGCAAGCUCCCAGAGCUUGGUUUGACAAAUUCAGUGGUUUUUUACUCUCUUAUGGGUUUACUCAGUCUAUAUGUGAUCACUCAAUGUUCUUCCACAGUAAGGCAGGUGUUAAAAUGAUAUUACUGGUUUAUGUUGAUGAUAUCAUCCUUGUGGGAAAUUCUGACAGUAACUUGACUUCAUUUAUUUCAACAUUGAAGACUCAAUUUGCUCUGAAAGACUUAGGGCCUCUGUCCUAUUUUCUGGGUAUUGAACCUAAGUUGGAUACUUCUACAAAUUCUCUACUUCUCACUCAAAAUAAAUAUUCUAUUGAAUUACUAAAGAAGUUUGAUAUGCUGGAAUGUAAACCCUGUACAUCUCCUGUUGCUUCUGGCAGAAGGGCAUCUCUAUAUGAUGGUACUUUGCUUGAAGAUUCUGCUUAUUACAGAAGUCUAGUAGGUGCCUUACAGUAUCUUACACUUACCAGGCCAGAUGUAAGCUUUCUUGUCAAUUAUGUUGCUCAAUUCAUGCAUCAGCCCACUGAUGUUCAUCUACAACUUGCUAAAAGGAUCUUAAGGUUCAUUAAGGGGUCUUUGGGUACUGGCAUUACACUUGUUGGAGGUGAUUGUUCUUCCAUCACUGCUUUCACUGAUAGUGAUUGGGCAGGUUUCCCAGAUUCAAGGAAUACUACCAGUGGAUACUGUGUUUUUCUGGGUCAAAAUCUAGUUGCUUGGUCUUCAAAAAAGCAACCUACUCAGUCUCAUUCCUCCACUAAAGCAGAAUACAAAGCUCUAUCUGUAGCUGCUUCUGAAAUUAGGUGGAUUUCUUAUAUUAUGGAUGAAUUAGGAGAUCAUAUCAGGUAUCCUUGCACUAUGUUCUGUGAUAAUAUAGGUGCAGGAAGUUUAACUGCCAAUCCAAUAUGUCAUGCCAGAACAAAACAUGUUGAGCUGGAUUAUCACUCAGUCAGGAGUUUGGUUAUGCUUGGUUUUUCAACAGUUAGAUACAUUCCAUCUUUACAGAAUAUUGUAGAUUUAUUCACCAAGGGAUUACCAAAACAAUUGUUCACUAAAUUGCAGGACAAACUUUUACACUUUCACAGUGUUCAGAUUAAGGGGGACUGUAAGAAUAAGAAAGUAUUCAGCUAA